UACACAAGCUCAAACUCUAAAACGAUAUUUGCGAAAAGAUUAUUCUACGAAACUUACUAUUAAUCCAUUAGGCCAAGCUGUUCAUAACCCUUGUAUAAGUCAUUGUCUACAACAUGCAUUUGGAAAUUGCAAUUUAGUUCACCCAGAAAUAUGCGAGGAUUGUGAAAAGCUAUUUACUUUUUUUGAUGAAAUAAAAACCAACACACCCCUUGAAAUUCAUGAACUUUUAAAUGAGUAUCAAACUAAACUUUUAACACACACUAUAAAACGAUGUGUAAAAAUGGGUCACGAUAUUGAAUCGGGUGAGGAAAUACAAGAGGCAAUAAAAGACUUGGCAGGCACUCACGUUGCUAAUAUCAUGCCUAAUCGCGAAG